GUGUUAAGACAUUGAGACACAAGGAUUGCCAUCAAUUCAUACGUCUAUCCAUUGAUUGUUUUUGUACUCAAUUUAGUGAUCGUUUAGAUUUAGUGCACAAUUGAGUGGACGAUGUGUUUGAACAGCAAUUUGUUGGUCGUUGUCAUCAUCUGUUCCCUGCAAUGGUUGACAUAUUGUGUGGCAAUAGAUCUGCCAUCAGAUGACGAGUCCAUUGUCUUUCCACUGCUUAUGCCUGAUGUUCAGCCAACACAGAAAGAGACAUAUCUGUGCACUGCAUUCAAAAUGCAUUCCCGAGACCAUCGAUAUAUAGUGGAGUUUAAGCCGAACGCCACUAUGAAUACUGCACAUCAUAUCCUGAUCUACGGGUGC